AUGGCUAAUCACAAAGAAAUUUUGUUGCUAAUGCUGCUAGCACUUUGUAUCUUUUUCCCACUGGCUUUCGCAGUGAGUGAAGAUCUUUUGUUCAUCAAAUACCACAUUCACAUAAUCAACGAUUUGCCUUCGGAUUUGCCACCCAAUGUCCCAUCAGUGCUACUUCUGCACUGCAAGUCGAAAGACAAGGACCUUGGUCAGAGAUCCAUGUUGCAGCAUGAGGAUUACACUUGGGAUUCAAGAAUAAACCUUUUCAGAACCACCCUUUUCUUCUGCCAGGCAUCGUGGGAAGGGAAGCAGAGGAAUUUUGAUGCUUUCGAUGCCAAUAGAGAUGAACAUCGUUGCCGAGAGUAUCAUAACUCUUGCCUGUGGUCAGUGAGGGAUGAUGGGUUUUAUUUCAGCAACGAUAAUUCUACCUGGACUAAUGAGUAUCCAUGGUAG